AAAUUAAAAUGUAAUGAUAUUGACAUUUUCGCUUGGAUGGUGUAAUUCACAAACACUAUUCUUAUUUAAGAUAGUACAGAGUGCACGUGUUUUCAAGAGUUUUGAGACUGCUCUGCGCAUGAUGCAUUGUUGCCUCCUGGUGGAGAAGACCGGAAACGGCAGGCCUCGCGCUUAACCAACGCGCUUCAACAGCAGCUGCGCAACGGUGGAAAGUACUUCCGGCGGGUCAGCGUCGCCUCUUGGAAAAGUUACUAUUUCUCCGCGGACUUUUCCUCAAACCUAAAAUACCAGUCUGUCUCCCGAGAGGAAAGACGGCGUCUGGCAAAAUGCUUUAACGCAAACAGCCCUCGGCGAAAAGCAGUUUGUAAUCCAACGGACUUUGUGCAACGCGCCGGAGUGCGCGCGAGCGAGAGGAAGCAGUAUUCAACCAUCUUUCCUCUGCUGGCAAUAACAAGAACAGAGAAGGGUCCAAGUGGGGCUGCACUUCUCAAUUUAUCCUCCUUUUCUCCUUAUUCAUACUCGGAGCCGCGAGGUUGCACUUCCCCCGACCGAGACCGAGGAAUAUAAAGCGUCCACACCCGGGAUCGUAGCAUUAGUAGAUUAGCGAUUUGAUUUGGUAUUUCUUUUUUCAUGUUUCCAACAGGUUUACCUUCCCCUAAUCCCCCACCGCCAGCCCAAGAGCCCAGACCGGCAGCUUCUGAUGUUCACAACGACAGUAGCUUAACGUCUUCUAAGAAGAGGAAAAUUAACAGUUCAGAGAAGGAAGACAUUGAUUCAAUAUCUUCGCCUCCUAAAGCCAUUUGUAAUUCCUCCUCCACAACGUCCAGCUCUUCCAGUUCACAACAGCAGCAGCAGCACAUCCAGAAGAAGUUGAGGUUCGAGGAUCCGCUGGAUUUGAUCGGACUGGAUGUGAAGAUGGCCGAGGAGUCGUGUAACUCUGCUGAAUCGUGUUCGAAGGCGAGAAAUGUGUUCCUGCCUGGAGGUGUCGGGCAUCAUGCUAACGGACUGACUAAGUCUGUGGGAUCCACCACCUUCUCCAACAGCAAACCCGGUGCUGCGAAGAAACUUGUUAUCAAGAACUUUAAAGAAAAGCCCAAAUUACCGGAGAAUUACACGAAUGAGACCUGGCAGAAGCUGAAGGAGGCAGUUGAGGCCAUACAAAACAGCACUUCAAUAAAGUACAAUCUAGAGGAACUCUAUCAGGCUGUUGAAAAUUUGUGCUCCCAUAAGAUAUCUGCCAAGCUCUAUAAACAGCUCAGAGUGGUCUGUGAAGACCAUAUCAAGGCGCAGAUUGACCAGUUCAGAGAGGAUGCCCUAGACAGUGUUCUGUUCCUCAAGAAAAUAGACAAAUGUUGGCAAGAUCACUGCAGACAAAUGAUCAUGAUUAGGAGUAUAUUUUUGUUUUUGGAUCGCACAUAUGUUUUACAAAAUUCAAUGCUGCCAUCAAUCUGGGACAUGGGCUUGGAGUUGUUUCGUUUCUAUAUCAUCAGCGACCUGAAGGUGCAGAGUAAGACAAUCGAUGGGAUUCUGCUUCUUGUUGAGAGAGAGCGGAGUGGAGAGGCCGUAGACCGUAGUCUCCUGAGGAGUCUCCUGAGCAUGCUCUCAGAUCUGCAGAUUUAUCAGGAUUCAUUUGAGCAGCGCUUUUUGGAGGAGACAAAUCGACUGUAUGCUGCAGAGGGACAGAGACUCAUGCAGGAAAGAGAGGUGCCAGAGUAUCUCCAUCAUGUCAACAAACGUCUGGAAGAGGAGGCAGAUAGAGUCAUUACAUACUUAGACCAGAGCACACAAAAACCCCUUAUUGCCACAGUGGAAAAGCAACUGCUUGGAGAACACCUCACUGCAAUACUUCAGAAAGGUUUGAAUAACCUGCUGGAUGAGAACCGUAUUCAGGAUCUGUCUCUGCUGUACCAGCUCUUCAGUCGUGUGAGGGGAGGUGUGCAGGUCCUUCUGCAGCACUGGAUCGAGUACAUCAAGGCCUUUGGAAGCACAAUUGUCAUCAACCCAGAGAAAGACAAGACAAUGGUUCAGGAGCUUUUGGAUUUCAAGGAUAAAGUCGAUCACAUCAUUGAUGUGUGUUUCAUGAAGAAUGAGAAGUUUGUUAAUGGCAUGAAGGAGGCUUUCGAGACCUUUAUCAAUAAACGGCCAAACAAACCUGCUGAGCUCAUAGCAAAAUAUGUGGAUUCAAAGCUCCGUGCUGGGAACAAAGAAGCGACUGAUGAGGAACUUGAGAAAAUGUUGGACAAGAUAAUGAUCAUAUUCAGGUUCAUUUAUGGCAAAGAUGUUUUUGAGGCCUUCUACAAGAAAGACUUGGCGAAGAGGUUACUGGUGGGAAAGAGUGCCUCAGUAGAUGCAGAGAAAUCAAUGCUGUCAAAACUGAAGCAUGAAUGUGGAGCUGCAUUUACCAGUAAGCUGGAAGGGAUGUUCAAAGACAUGGAGCUGUCAAAAGAUAUUAUGGUGCAGUUCAAACAGCACAUGCAAUGCCAAAAUAUUCCCGGGAACAUUGAGCUGACAGUGAACAUCCUCACUAUGGGUUAUUGGCCAACAUAUGCACCCAUGGAAGUACAUCUGCCUCCAGAGAUGGUAAGAUUGCAGGAGAUUUUCAAAACGUUUUACCUGGGCAAACACAGUGGACGGAAACUACAGUGGCAGUCUACGUUAGGACAUUGUGUUUUAAAGGCAGAAUUCAAAGAGGGCAAAAAAGAGUUGCAGGUUUCCCUGUUUCAGACGUUAGUUCUGCUGAUGUUUAAUGAAGGGGAGGAGUUCUCUCUGGAGGAUAUUAAACUGGCUACAGGCAUUGAGGACGGUGAGCUGAGGCGGACUCUGCAGUCACUGGCCUGUGGGAAGGCUCGUGUUCUUACCAAAACCCCAAAGAGUAAAGACGUGGAGGAUGGAGACAAGUUCUCUUGUAAUGAUGAUUUCAAACACAAACUUUUCAGGAUUAAAAUCAACCAGAUCCAGAUGAAAGAAACGGUGGAGGAGCAAGCCAGCACUACAGAGAGAGUAUUCCAGGACCGUCAGUACCAAAUCGAUGCUGCCAUUGUCCGAAUCAUGAAGAUGAGGAAAACUCUCAGCCAUAACCUUCUGGUCUCUGAAGUGUACAACCAACUUAAAUUCCCAGUCAAGCCUGCUGAUCUGAAGAAGAGGAUAGAGUCACUUAUUGACCGGGACUACAUGGAAAGGGAUAAGGAGAAUCCCAAUCAGUACAACUACGUGGCUUAGAGAGAGAGAAUAAGACGGGGAGAUGAGGGAUGUUAGAAAUGACAGGAGGAGGCUGUUCUCAGUGACAUUGUUUACUUCCCUUAGCACAUGGAACCCCUUGCUCAAGGUUUUGUUCACUUUAACAUCUUCACCCCAGUGACCAACAACUGAAUCGGUUUUCUCUUCAUGGCUUUGACAGGGUAGGGUAUGUUUUAUUUCUAUCAGAAUGGCAUGUCCAAUUAGAAGAAAAGAAAAUACAAAAUUAUUUUGUUAAAAUGCUUCUGAGAAUUGGACUAUCCCAAGCUUAAAAAGAAAAGUUAUUUAUUUUUAGACUUUGCUCCAUGGCUUUUGUUUGUCUCUGGCAUGUUUUUUUUUCUCAUAGUUUAUUCAUGCAAAUAUCACAACAUAUUGACGUAUUACCUGUGCAAAUAAAACCAACACCAAAUUGAUUGAAUUUGUUCAGUCAGUGUUGCAUUGGGUAGCAAUGUGUGAAACAGGUUUUCUCUUUGCCAAAGUUUGUACAAAGAAAAGAAGAUUCAGCUGAUUGGUCACAAGCAAUUUAUGUUCUGUGAAUGUGAUUUAUUGAUAAAUAGAACAAUUGAGGCUGAUUGGAAAUUUCACAGUAUGUGCCAAGAUUAGGUAAAACCAAGCACUUGUUUCAUUUUGUAGGAAUGUUAUCGCUGCUAAACACUAACUUGUACAUCUUCCUUCUUUUUCCCUCCCUGCUUACACCUCACAUUUCCUCCUCUUGUUUAUUUUGUAUAUACAUUUUACACACAACUUUGAUGUUUGACGCUCUCGACUACACUGCAACUUAAUUCUUUCUCCCCGGAAACUCUGAACAAGCACAGCAGCAUCAUUUUAUCAUUCUAGUGUUUUCAAGUUUAUAUAACCCUUAAGUUCUGAAUUAGGCCGUAUACUGAGAAGCUCCUCUGUGUGGCAUCACUGGAUCUGUCUGUGGAAUUUUUGGCGAUGGUGUUUUCAGAAAUCAUACUUAAGUGGACAGUCGUCCAGUGUCUGGAAAAAGUAUGCUUGUUUUUAUUGCCUCAGAAUAAACAACUGUAUGUGUUUCCAUGA